AAACACAUUGUGUAAAGACAUCAAUACCUCAGUAGAGUUAUGCCCAUGCUAGGGGCUCCUGCUUCUUCCAAGGGUAGUGUUUCCCCCUGCCCACCGUCACCACACUGGUGACCCUAGCUUCUCUUGCCAUGCUGGCCACUCAUCUCACAGCCACAAACGGCCCCUUGAGAGCCCAUAUCUCUUUCCACCUCUGCAGGAAGCACUCUCGCUGAUACCAUAGAAGCUGGUACUUUAAAGAACCCUCAGACUUUGUUCUAAGUGCACAGGAGAUCCCUCCACCUAAUGUGCAUAUGGUGUCUUUCAUCAGCUGAAGCUUCUAUUACCCUGUUACAUACAUAUACAUUGAAUUUCCCAGAAUGAUUACACAUACGCAUAUGCAUUGGAUUGGUAAGGAUCUCUUUUGAUGGUCCUUUGUGGUCACAGAGACCUCUGCCUGUAUUUUUGUGAUUGUGCUAUGGGUGAACUCUUAGUCUUUAUUUCUUUUAGAGCAACUUCUUGUAGGUUGAGAUACCGUGAUCAUUUAUGCUUCAAGUUUCACAGUGUUCCUACCUGAUUAGCCUCAUUGUUUCAGGCAUAGCCUCAUAAUGUUGUGGGAAUUUCACAACUACCUCCUUAAUAUACCAGCUAACAGCUAAUUUUACGUUCAGCAUUAAAAAAAAAGUUAAUAUCCUAAGGUAUCAUCCCACCCCCAAAAUCUUGACCAGGCCUGGAGUCUAAUGAAAUUUUGGGUUGGUUAUUGAGCCACCUGAAUAAAUGUCAGAGCUCAAGGCUGUAUACAGGGGUAGUGGUUUUGUGUGGCCAGGUUUUGGUAGCAGGGGAGCUACAGAGGUGGUUUCUUUAAACAAAGAGCUGCCAGAAGCUUCCCCUGUAUCUGGCUGGGCCAGUGCCAGUCAGUUCUAAGAUGAACCCACAGCUGACCAAGGCUGAGCUAAUUAGAGAUGGAGGUAACACCUCUGUGAUUAAUGUAUUGGAGAAGAAGCUGCCUUACAGAUGCUGAACUGCAGCAGCAGCAGCACCAGGGAGUGAGAAUGUGAGAACAUCUCUGCAGACACCAAGGUCACUGGAGAAGCAGGGGGAGCAGGUGCCCAGGCACAGGACAGCAGAGACUCCCUGUGACCUGUGGUGCAGCCCGUGGUGAGGCAGCUGUCCCCCUGCAGUCCAUGGAGGGCACAGGGGAACAGAGAUCCACUUGCAGUCUGUGGAGGAGCCCACGCUGGAGCGGGUCAAUGCCUGAAGGAGACUGUGACUGUGAGAAGCCCACAGUGGAGCAAGUUUCUGGCAAGGCCUGAGAACCCAUGGAGAGAGGAGCCCACGCUGGACCAGUUUUGCUGUCAGGACUUGUGACCCUGUGGGGGAACCCACACUAGAGCAGUCUGUUCCUGAAGGACUGUUCUCCCUGUGGAUGACCCACAUUGAGGUAGUGUGUAAAGGGAUGCAACAUGGGAAGGACCCACGUUGGAGAAGUUUGCGAGGGACUCUGUCCCACGGGAGGGACCCCACACUGUAGCAGUGGGAAGUGUGAGGAGGCCUCCCCCUGAGAGAAAACGGGGCAAAGUCCAUCUGCAAUGAACUGACUGGAACUCCCAUCCCCCUGCUCCACUGGUGGUGGACAAGGGAGAGACCCAAGAAGAAGGAGAUGUUUUAAGAUUAACGAAAUGUUUGGGACUGUGGUGGUUGGAGUUGGAAUUGCUGGCUUAGCAAGAAUCCGAGACUUGAUGAAUCCGAUGCCUUCCAGUCCUUCUGAGCACCUGAAGCUCUUUGGAUUUGUAUCCAGGAGAAAUUUUGGCAACAUUAACGAAGCCAAGCAGAUUAGCCUGGAAGAUGCUCUAAGAAGCAGAGAGAUCCAUGCAGCCUUCAUCAGCACAGAGAACAGAAGCCAUGAAGAAACCAUCAGAAUGUUUCUAGAAGCUGGGAAACAUGUCCUCGUUGAGUACCCCAUGGCUUUGUCUGCUAAGGCAGCCCAUGAGCUCUGGGAAAUGGCUGAGAAGAAAGACAAAGUACUCCACGUGGAACACAUUGAGCUUCUAACUGAAGAGUACAAACAGCUGAAAAAAGAGGUGGCUGGAAAAGACCUGGUGAAGGGAACAUUGCAUUUCACAGGUAGUGUCCUCGAUGAAAACAAAACUGGAUUCCCAGCUUUCAGUGGAAUUGCCCGACUCACUUGGCUGAUUGACCUCUUUGGAGACCUCACUGUUACCUCUGCCACCAGAGAAGUGCAGAAGGAUAAGAAUUAUUCCAGAAUGACAGUUCACUUUCAGACAACAAACAAGAAACCUCUGACUUGGAUUGAAGAAAGGGGACCGGGGAUGAGACGUGAAAAGAAAAUCAACUUCUGUUUCACAAGUGGUUGUCUGGAGAACUUCCCUCAAGCCCCACGAUCUGCUGUGGGACUUUUCAUGCAGGAUCAGAACCUCUUUGCCAAAAAACUGCUGGGCCAAGUGUCCAAGGAGGAGCUGGCUGCUGAGAAGUGGCGAAUUUUGCGGUGCCUUGACCUUGCUGAGGUGAUCCAACAGCACUGUGAACAACCAGAGAAGAUCUCUCCCUGAGGCUGCUCUCGGGGAAGGAGGAACACGGCAGACGCGAAAGCUGUAAGACUAGGACUCACUCGCCAUCAAACAGUUGUUAUUUCAGUUUCAUUACCUUCUUUUUGGCUAGCUGUGGUUCUCAGGCUCUCUGGGUGGGCUGGAGAGCCUGGGCUGUAUCCCAUGUCUUUUGGUGUGUGCCAAAACAAAGCAACGUUACCCUGCGCCGAUGCGUCGCCGUCCUCUGGGAUAGGGACCCAGCAGCAGCGGGCUUUCCUGGCAUUCAGCUGGAAAUGUCUCUGAGAGCAGAUCCUGGAGGACUGCAAGUACUAGAUAUGAUUUUCCCUCCUGAGGUUUUUGUUUUUUUCCCCUCAAAAUACAUCUGAAAAUGAGAUAUGUCUCCUUUAGUGGUACUUAUGCAGUAGUAUCUAGAAAGAAGUACUAGCUAGAAUGAAGUUCCAAGUGAAUUAGCCCCCUUUUACUUGAUCUGCAGGACUUGUGCCACCACAGUGCUGACCUUCUCUUCCAGGUGUCCUAAGUUGUUCUGUGUGAUUGCUCUAAUUGAUUGUUGUGCUUGUUUGAGGUUGGCUGUAGUUUUGGUUUGUUUGUUGGUUUGGGGUUUUUAUCCAUGCUGGAAAGCACCUGCCUUCAAAUAGGAUCUGUGUUGGUAUUAAACCAGAACAGAAAAAAUAUCUUGUCUCUUGAUAGAUGCCAUGUUGAGUUCACUCCACUUCUCUGAUGCCCUGUGCCAGCAUAGAAGACUUUUUCCAGCAGAGAUUGGAAGGGUACAUUAAAUUAGUGCAUCACCUGCCUGCUCUCUACUGAGUCAGAAUGUUUCUCAUGUGUUUGUACUGGAAGCAGCAAAUUAUUAUCCUUCAUUUGUGUUCUGUACCUCAUUCAGCAUGUGAGCCCAUCACUGCUAAAAAUAAUACACAUCUUGCCUUUAAGAAAAAAAUAACUAAUGCACCCCUGGAAACAGUGAAAUUCACUUGAAAUGGUGAUAGAAUUAGAGUAGAGCUGAAGAAAAUGGAGCAGGUUGCAAAUGCAGCUGUGAGGUUACAGUGUACAGCACUUCUGGGGAUGAGUGUUUAGCAUUUUGCUGUAGUCCCAGGGUCAUGUGUGAAGACAUGAUCAUUUCCCUGAAGUUUCAGAAGGAGCCUAAACAGCACACAAAACUAUUGACAAUUCCUCUGUUUGCCUUUUACUUUGUAAUUACAGCGUCUGUUGGUGCUGAACCCCAGUCUGUGCAGAUCUCUCAAACUCUGAACUCUCUUUUCUGUGUUAUCACUUGGGCAAUUUUGAAUAAGGAAGCAGAAGUAUUGUGCAUGUGUGUGCAACUACAGCCAGUCAAUAUUGAUGGGGAAAAGUCUUCCUUUGCAUAAAUCAUGUGAAUUCAGAGGAUGGAUACAGGUCACUUAGUUGGAAGCAGGGAAGGACAGACUGUAUUUUUUCCCAGACCAGUCAUAUUUCAGGAACAACUGGAGCUUGUUUUGUGAAUGAAGUCUGCCUGUGAAAUUUGUUUGAAUCUCUUCUCUCUGUCAAAAACAGUGAAAACCCUCCUAUUGACUUCAGUGGCCUAGAAUCCAUGUAGGGUGGCAGUGGAUUUGUGCAAACAGAUCCUCCACUCGUCCACCCCAACAGGUACCUUACUGGGCAUUCACAGGGACCUUUUCACCAGUGUGAUGGAUGUUGCCUUGGGCAGAUGGGAGGUUGUAUGAGGGGGAAGAAGCAGGCUUUGGCAAAAUCCAAAAUAUCCAUCUGGGAUUGGAAGGAAACAAGAAUCUGCUGUAUGUGUCUAUCUGCUAUGUAAGGCAGCACGUGAGAGGUCCUGUUUCUUGCCAAACUCAUCAGCUGUGAAUCUGGGGUGAAUACCACUUGUUUCCACACUAAUUCACAAUGGGUAGCAGGCGAAGGCAAAGGGAAGGGGGAGGUUCAUGCUUUGUGUAUAGACAUCAAAGGUAUCUACCACAUGUCCCUGGGAAAGCUCUGCACUUGCAAGAACAGCCUUCCUCUAAGAAAUGGGGAAUAAAUUCACAGGAGCUCUGCAGAGCAGCAGUGUAAUGUGCAGUGAAUCGCCCUCUGGAGAAGCUUGUUUCUGUGGAGAGCACCUGGGGAAAUUAGCAGAUUGAUUUGAGCUAGGGAAGGUUUAGAGCUGGAUACCCUGUCUUCUCCUCCAUCCCCCUCCCACUCCUCCCAGCUAACCUGCUUGCCUGCUGCUGUCUGCCCUGCUCCUGGCAGCCUGCAGCGUUCAGAUGGCUUUUCCUCAGCCCUGUCAAUGUGCUCUUGUUUGUCCACGGGAGCCACUGCGUGUCAAAUGUAAGUGUUGCUUAACCAGAUGGCAAACUCACCAAUAAAACAUUGGAGCUCUUGAUCA